UAGAGACAGCCAGGGCUAGGCACAGAGAGCUUUGAAGUAAUUGGAUUCAAUGGACGAAAUGCUGCUGUUGACAAGAAUUCUCUUGGUGGGCUUCGUCUGCGCUCUUUUAGUCUCAUCUGGGCUGACUUGUGGACCAGGCAGGGGCAUUGGAAAAAGGAGACACCCCAAAAAGCUGACCCCUUUAGCCUAUAAGCAGUUUAUUCCCAAUGUGGCAGAGAAGACCCUAGGGGCCAGUGGAAGAUAUGAAGGGAAGAUCACAAGAAACUCCGAGAGAUUUAAAGAACUAACCCCAAAUUACAACCCUGACAUUAUUUUUAAGGAUGAAGAGAACACGGGAGCUGACAGACUGAUGACUCAGCGCUGCAAGGACAAGCUGAACGCCCUGGCGAUCUCGGUGAUGAACCAGUGGCCUGGGGUGAAGCUGCGAGUGACCGAAGGCUGGGACGAGGACGGGCACCACUCCGAGGAGUCCCUGCACUACGAGGGCCGCGCCGUGGACAUCACCACCUCGGACCGGGACCGCAGCAAGUACGGCAUGCUGGCCCGCCUGGCCGUCGAGGCCGGCUUCGACUGGGUCUACUACGAGUCCAAGGCACACAUCCACUGCUCCGUCAAAGCAGAAAACUCGGUGGCAGCCAAGUCAGGAGGCUGCUUCCCCGGCACAGCCACAGUGCACCUGGAGCAAGGUGGCACCAAGCUAGUGAAGGACCUGAGCCCUGGAGAUCGGGUGCUGGUGGCUGACGUGGAGGGCCGUCUGCUCUACAGUGACUUCCUCACCUUCCUCGACCGGGAGGACAGCUCCCACAAGCUUUUCUACGUCAUCGAGACACGGCAGCCCCGGGCCCGGCUGCUGCUGACGGCUGCCCACCUCCUGUUUGUGGCCCCCCAACACAACCAGUCACAGGCCGGGACCCUCAGCAGCCGGGCUCUCUUCGCCAGCCGCAUCCGGCCGGGUCAGCGUGUCUACGUGCUGGGCGAGGGCGGGCGGCAGCUGCUGCCUGCGGCUGUGCACAGCGUCUCGCUGCGGGAGGAGGCUUCGGGGGCGUACGCGCCACUCACUGCCCAGGGCACCAUCCUCAUCAACCACGUGCUGGCCUCCUGCUACGCCGUCAUCGAGGAGCACAGCUGGGCGCACUGGGCCUUCGCUCCCUUCCGCCUGCUCCAGGGCGUGCUGGCCACCCUCUGCCCCUCUGGUGGGGGGGCCAUAGCGGGUGCCUCAGCCACCCCCGGCAUCCACUGGUACUCUCGCCUGCUCUACCACAUCGGCAGCUGGGUGCUGGAUAGUGACUCUCUUCACCCGCUGGGCAUGAUCGUGCCAUCCAGCUGAGAGCAUCCUGCACUGCCCACCAGCCUCCGAGGGAGAGACAGAGACACAGAGAGAGAGAGAGA